GAUGAGGUGCGGAUCUCCGCCGCCACCAUGCGCCCCGGGCUCCCCAGGACCGCCUGCCUGCUGCGCUGCGCUGCCCUCCUCGGACUGGUGCUGCACGCCUCCGCGUUCUUCGGGUUGACCGGCAAGGAGCCCGUGGCGCUGCUGCCCGCUACGCUUCCCCAGCCCGGGGACACUCCGCCCGGGCGGGUCCACCUCAAGCAGUGCGAGCAGCUGAAGCUCACGCGCAAACAGAAGCGGCUGUGCCGGAGGGAACCGGGCCUGGCCGAAACGCUGCGGGACUCGGUGCGCCUCAGCCUGCUGGAGUGUCACUACCAGCUCAGGAGCGAGCGCUGGAACUGCAGUCUGGACGGCCGCCGCAGCCUCCUCAAGAGAGGGUUCAAGGAGACGGCCUUCCUGUUUGCGAUGUCCUCGGCUGCUCUCACCCACUCGCUGGCCAAGGCCUGCAGCUCUGGGCGCAUGGAGAGGUGCACGUGUGACGACUCGUCAGACCUGGAGCACCGGGAGGCCUGGCAGUGGGGCGUCUGCGGGGACAACCUCAAGUACAGCACCAAGUUCCUUAAGAACUUCCUGGGCCAGAGGAAGAUCAGCAAAGACCUGCGGGCACGAGCAGACAUGCACAACACUGAGGCGGGCAUCCGGGCUGUCAAGAGUGGCCUGAAGACCACCUGCAAGUGCCAUGGAGUGUCGGGGUCCUGCACAGUCCGAACCUGUUGGAAGCAACUAUCUCCAUUUCAUGAGACGGGCAGGAUGCUCAAAUUCAAGUACGAGUCGGCGGUGAAGGUUGUCAGCGUCACCAACUCGGCCACCGGGGAGGCGGAGCUUGUGGGGCCACGGCGCUCCGGCCAGCUGCCCCGUCCCACAGACCUUGUCUACCUGGAGGACUCUCCCAGUUUCUGCCGACCAUCUCGGUAUUCCCCCGGCACAGGUGGGCGGGUGUGUGCAAAGGAGACCACUUGUGACAGCCUGUGCUGCGGGCGGGGGUACAACACGGCACUCCGGACCACCGCCUUCUCAUGCCACUGCCAGGUGCAGUGGUGCUGCCAUGUGGAGUGCCAGACCUGCAUCCAGGAAGAAGAAGUGUACACCUGCAAGCACUGAGCGCCAAGGCGGGUGCGGAACGUGAGCCAGGAGACGUGGGGAUCAGCGCCAGGAGCCCAGCUGGCCGGAAAUGGAGGGUGUGACGCCACGAGGGAGCUGGCCAGACGCGCACACACACACCCACCCACCGCGGCUCCUAUCGCUUUCUCAGGCUGAUAACGUUUUGUUUUCCCAUCUGUGGAAACUCACCACCCCGUCCAGAGCGCCGGACCUCGUCCGCCAGGCAGUGCAGGACAGGGGAGAGUGUGGCACGCUGGCCGUCGUGGAAAAUGAGCAGGACAGACCCUGCUUUCCAAACUUUGGGCUUUGCUGGACGCACUUGCAGACCCCCCAUUUUAUCUGACUGCUUAAGCGGAAAUGACUGGCAGCCGAUUGUGUCCAAGCACACGACCAGGACGUGCACACAGUCCAUCCGUCCCCUACUUGUACAGGUGGGCACACUGGAUUGGAUGCCCCUACGCCCCUCUGCUCCUCACCCGCUCAUUCUAUUUACUGCUAUUGCUCUUUGGUCCAGUCGUGAUUGUUUUUGGGAGGUUUAUUCUGGGGUGCCCAUGUCCAGAGAGAAGGUCAGCUGUCCACCUCCAUAUGUCCACAGUAAGGUGUUGCGUGGCCCUUCUAGAUAUUCUGACAGCACCCCCUGCAGGGACACAUAGUGAUUGACCAGCCUGUCACCCCCCCAUCUUGGGUUGUAAAGUGGUCCACAUAGAGACCACUGAAACGAGUGACCCAACCCCAGGACCCCGCCUGACCUUAGCUCAGGGUUCAGAGCCCUGGACUGCACACAUGUGAGGGGCGGGGCAAAGACAGAGAAGGUGGGUGUAUUGAUGGCAGCUUCAAAAAAUGGGGUGGCACCUAAGACAGCGAUUGGCUGUUUGCCUGUCCAUCUAAAAGCAGCACAAGAAAAAACACCAAACAGGGGAUGAAAUAUAAAAUUAGAACAAAAAAUGAAACAAUUCAAGGUGGACUGGAGUCCUCAUUUGGGGUCUUCGCUUUCUUCAUCUCACUUGAUCUUCUGCAUUCCCAAACUGGUCCCUGCAGUGCCAGGACUCCUGGUGGGUAUGAGGAUGUUGGCAUCAAGCCUCUCACCCCAUUGCAUUGGAGGGCAGGAACCUAAACAGAUCAGUUGAGACGUGUGUCCCGUCCCCACUGUGCAUGUCAGGGUGGGCACACGUCAUGGGGCACCAUGUGGACUGGCAUGGUUGGUAGAGCACUUUUAGACUCAAUAAACAAGCACUUAAACCAGGGGGCACAUGACCAGAGUGGAUGGCACUAAAAGUGGGUACAGCACCAGCGAGAGGGAAAAGUGAAAUGAAGCAGGAAAGACAGGUAGGCCCGACCACUGGGGGCGCUAGAGAGUAGACGGGAAUAGGCAGGACUGGAGGGUGACCUGAGGAGUGGACAGAAGUGGACAUCAGGAAAGAAGAGUGACAGGGACAGGAGAGACGUGGAAACUGGGAGGAAAGAAAGUGGGAGGGCACAAGUGGCACUCAAGGGGUAAAAUGUUAAAAUUAAAGGAAAGAACAAAACACAAAAUAAAAUAAAAAGACUAAAAAAUGACGAAAAAGAAGAAAAGACAAAAAAGGAAAAAGAAGGGAAAAAAAAUCCAUCCACGGUGUCGAGUGGAUGGAGCCUAACAUGACCGUGUUGGUCAAAGCCCACUCUGGAAGGAACAGCAGCCCACCACAGAGCCAUUACAAGUGACGAUAAAGAGUGGAAAUGAGUUGGUGACCAAUAUGGGAGUUGCAAAUGACCAGUGAAUGAGUGAGAAGAGUGGACAUCACAGCCACUGGGCACAGCUAGGGUGACCCUCUACCCACUUGAGCCCAGUGGUCUCUACUGUCCAGUACAAUGUGGCACAUCAGGUGUUCAGCCUUGGGGACCGUCAGAAAUGGGCCACUGGGAGUCUAUGGGGGGCAUUGGGGUCAUGGAAGGUCAUCCAGGGUCUUGAUGGUCAUUGGGGUCUUUAAGGAUCAUUGGGGCACUGAGUUUAUAGAAGGCCACUUGGGCUCUUGUAGGGUCCUUAGGGUUUUGGAAAGUCAUUUCAGAUAUUUAAAGGUCAUUGAGGCUCUUUGAGGCUAUGGAAGGUCAUUUGUAAGGGUCAUUUGGGGUCUUGUAAGGGUCAUUUGGGGUCUUUAAGGGCUCAUUGCCAUCUCAGUGUGCCCUGACUGUUUAAUUCACGUCUGUUUGGGGCAAUCAGCUCUGAUGACCGUUAUGUCCACCAUGUGAUUUGCAUUUGAGUGAGGGGAGAACCCGAGACCACCGCGUCCAAUCCGAUUUGUCUUUUUCUACCUCACCUGCGCCACUUGGCCGACGGAUGGCAGCCCCUAUUUAUGUUGUUAUUUAAUUGUCGACGACACUGCCUUGUAUAUAGCGCUUCUUCGCCUCCUUUUCAGUUCUAAACCAAUAAACUUGCUGCAUUUGUA